AUGACUGUGACAUACACCAACCGCGUGGCUGAUGCCCGCCUGGGCACCUUCUCACAGCUCCUGCUCCAAUGGAAGGGAAGUAUCUACAAACUUCUCUACUCUGAGUUCCUUAUUUUCAUCUCUCUCUACUUCACCAUCAGUCUUGUCUACAGGCUGAUCCUGAGUGAGAGCCAAAGGCUGAUGUUUGAGAAGCUGGCACUCUACUGCAACAGCUACGCUGAGCUAAUCCCCGUGUCCUUCGUGCUGGGUUUCUACGUGGCUCUGGUGGUGUCCCGCUGGUGGGCUCAGUACGAGAGCAUCCCCUGGCCCGACCGCAUCAUGAACCUGGUGUCCUGCAACGUGGACGGGGAGGACGAGUACGGGCGGCUGCUGCGCCGCACGCUGAUGCGCUACAGCAACCUCUGCAGCGUCCUGAUCCUGCGCUCCGUCAGCACCGCCGUCUACAAACGCUUCCCCAGCAUGGAGCACGUCGUCAGGGCAGGUCUCAUGACACCAGAAGAGCACAAGAAGUUUGAGAGCUUGAAUUCCCCCCACAACAAGUUUUGGAUCCCCUGUGUGUGGUUCUCCAACCUGGCUGUGAAAGCAAGGAACGACGGGAGGAUCCGGGACAGUGUGCUGCUCCAAGGCAUCCUGAAUGAGCUCAACACCUUGCGCAGCCAGUGCGGGCGGCUCUAUGGCUACGACUGGAUCAGCAUCCCCCUGGUCUACACUCAGGUGGUGACCGUGGCUGUUUACAGCUUCUUCCUGGCUUGUCUGAUUGGGAGGCAGUUCCUGGACCCAGAGAAAGCCUACCCUGGCCACGAGCUGGAUCUCUUUGUGCCUGUGUUUACAUUUUUGCAGUUCUUCUUCUAUGCUGGCUGGUUAAAGGUGGCUGAGCAACUCAUCAACCCUUUUGGGGAGGACGAUGAUGACUUUGAAACCAACUGGCUCAUCGACAGGAACCUGCAGGUCUCCCUUAUGGCAGUGGAUGAGAUGCAUCAGGAUUUACCCAUUCUGGAGAAGGAUCUGUACUGGAAUGAGCCUGAUCCCCAGCCACCCUACACCGCAGCCACUGCCGAGUACAAGAGGCCAUCCUUCCUUGGCUCAACUUUUGACAUCAGCAUGCAGAAAGAAGAGAUGGAGUUCCAGCCCCUGGAGCAAAUCAAAGAGAACGAGGAAGCCAACCACUCCACACCAUUACUGGGACACCUGGGCCGCCUCCUUGGUGUCCAGUCGCCAAGCUUCUCCAGGUCCUCUUCCCGGAUGAACCUGCUGCGCAGGCGAGGAGACCCCACGUCCCCCUUCUCCCAUUACACCUAUCAAGACAUGGGCAAACCUGGGAGCCCUUGCAGCAUCAACCAGCCAAGGGCAGACUCCACCUCACAGGAGCAGUGGGACAGCGAAGACAGAAAGCUGAGGGACUUUGACGCCUUCAUGUCGACGCCGUUUUACGAGAGGCCUGGAUUCUACAGCGCUCCGCAGACACCCAUCAGCUCCAUCCCCAUGAUCUUCCCUUCCAGGCGCCAAGGCCGCAAGAAGCCUCCUGCCCUCUCCAGCAUCGCUGCCUGCUCGACUUCCCUGAGGGAUGUCAUUGCUAGCUCCUCACCUUCCCGAGUCAGUGAUGUCUACAGGAGCCAGAGCUCCCUGGGCUCCGCUGCAAAGGAGACCUUUGUUUGGCCGACGGAUCGCAGCAAAGGUCCCGACUCACUGGCCGGGACGGUGGAAGAGAGGAGCAACUCCAACAGUAAAGGCAGAGAAGCUGCCACCACAGCAAGUCCAGGAGCUCAGUCCACAGCAUCAGACAGCCCUAAAUUCCCCUUCCUAGCAGAAUCCCCAGACCACGAGAAGCAGGGAAGCUUCAAGAGUCUGAAGAGCUUGAAAGCUUCCCACCCGCCAUGGCUGAGCCUGGAGAACACAGCAUCAGCCACCCCUAAUUCGGAGCACUCCAGUGCCUUUCACACCCCCAGUAACAAAACCCCUGGGGGCAGCACCUCCUUCUGCUUCUCCUUCACUCCUGUAACAUCUCCAGUGCUGGAGAGAUCCCAGAUGGCAAACAUGGGCUCCGACACUCACAGCCUCAGUUUAGAAGACGCAGCCAGUGCUCCAGACCAGCUUCCAGCAGAGGUUUCCAGGAACACAAGGGAUACUGGAAAUGGAAGCUCUAAUACGCCCCCCACCAAAGAGCCAAGUAGAGCAGAGAGUCCAUCCCCCAAUGACUCUGGCAUCUCUCUAGCUGAAGGUGACUACGUGGGGCUGAUGGAGGUGAUCAUGGAGACCAGUGAAAGCACAUGUGAAGAGCAGCUAGAUCAGUACAGCUAG